UAAAAUGUUAAUCCAUGCUGAUCAUGUAUAAAUACGAUAGGAGGAGGCUAAAAUAGCCAUCAAAUGAUUGAUUGAAAGCAAUUUCUCCGUUUCGGCACCGCAUCCACUUUCUGGAGGUUUUCUCCCGGAGAGUGAUCGCUCUUUCUCUCUCAAUCUUAAAGGCCUUGUGAAUUUUUUGUUUUCGUCUGUUCGUUGUUUAUAGUGGCAGCAUUGUUUCAAAUCGGAUCUAUUUCAGCUUGGUUCAUCCAAUUCAUCGCAUUCGCAUGCAUGGGUGCAGUGGUUGUCUGGGGUCCGUUAGUAAAACCAAAUUAACAUCUUCAGUUCAUGAGCAUCUGAAGGAGAAGAAACAUCUAGAUCAUUUAGUACAUAAAGCUAAACUGUCGGCGGACUUUUGGAGUACCAGUACGGGUGACAUGGACAACUACAGUGCAGCUCAAUCACAAGGAAGCAUCUCGUCAAUUAGUACAUCUACUCAGGCACCCGAUGCUCAUGGCGCUGCAAAUACAAACAACCAUUCUGAAUUUGUAAAUCAUGGAUUUAUUCGCUGGAACCAAAUCAGACAGCAGUGGGUCGGACGAAAAAGUCCGGAGAAGCAACCAAAACAGCUUCUUGAACCCAAAUUAAGUUGGAAUGCUACUUAUGAUAGUCUGCUGGGGAGCAACAAGCCAUUUCCCAAGCGUAUCCCACUUGCUGAAAUGGUAGAUUUUCUUGUAGAUGUUUGGGAGCAGGAAGGAAUGUAUGAUUGAGAUGUGUUGCAAGCUAAGGUUGCAGACGAAUCUUCAAGGGAGAGUAGCAGGAUGAUGUAAACUUGAUUUGCUUUGUGUCGAAGAGGUUUCUGGAUAUAUGGGGUGUUUUGUAAAGAUAUAUAUGUAACCUACCUUGUGUACAUUUAAACGAACUAUUGUGCUAGGAAACCUGUUGACGUUUAUAAAAACUGAUGACUCUCGUCUGGUUCUUUCAGCAGA